GGUUAUUAUUAUCAUCUGACGGACAUAACGGUAGGCCACCCUACGCAUAGCUGGAAACUGGAAAACCAUUCGCUGGGUCUGUUCGCCACACACAGACACCCGUUCCGAAACGUUACCGUUACAAAGGCCUACUAUCACGAGUGGUGACUACUUUUUCCGUCGACGUUGAUGUCGCUUCUUCCUCGGUAGAGAGUCGUUAUUUUUCUUAUAUUGAAUCGAGAGCUUAUCGGAAGACAAGAUGGCAGAGAUGGGGAUGGGGAAGGGGGUUACUGCGGGGAAACUUGCCAGUAACGUGCAGAAAAAAUUAACACGGGCCCAAGAGAAGGUAAUGCAGAAGUUGGGUAAAGCAGAUGAGACCAGAGAUGUUGCAUUUGAGGAAGGAGUGAUCAACUUCAACAAACAAUACACAGAGGGAUCCAAACUGCAAAAAGACCUUAGAGCCUACCUGGCUGCAGUACAAACGAUGCACGAAUCCUCCAAGAACCUUCAGGAGUGUCUGUCUGACAUGUACGAGCCGGAGUGGUACGGCAAAGAUGACUUGGACUCCAUCGUUGAGGACACUGAUGUUCUGUGGACCGACUUCCAUCAGAAGCUGGUGGAUAAUGCUUUGAUAUCUAUGGACACGUAUCUUGGACAGUUCCCUGAUAUUAAGUCUCGUAUUGCAAAGCGUGACAGGAAGCUUGUGGACUACGACAGCGCCAGACACAACCACUCUUCUACCAAUAAGGGGAAGAAAGGAAAGGACGGGGGCAUCAAGAUCACCAAGCCAGCAUCUCUGUUGGAAAGGGCCACACCAGUUUGGGCUCAGGGCAUCCUGUCAGCCCACAACAUUGCUCAGAGUAACCUCUCCAGGAACCAGCUCAUGGAAGGUGUUGGAAUGGAGAUUAAUGAAGAUCUGCAGGAGGAACUGCCCUCACUAUGGAACAGUCGAGUUGGCUUCUACAUUAGCACCUUCCAGAGUAUGUCUGGCUUUGAGGAGAAGUUCCACAAGGAGAUGGGGAAGCUCGACCAGAAUCUGUACGAUAUUCUUGUCAAACUGGAGAAACAGGACAUGUCUGGUGAGCUCCCCAGAGGAGCAGAUCCAGCCAAUCACACUCUGAGUCCAGGCGGACCGCCACCCAUCCCUAAGUCCCCCUCUAAGCUGAGACCAGCGAUGCCGCCGCGGCCUGAAUCCAGCCCCUGUCGGGACAUGAAACCAGAAAACAUCAUUAACCUGUUUGAUGCUGCUGCUGCUCCUAACAUCAGUGUUACGUCCCCAACACAGUUUGACAGCCCUGCAGGGGCCAACCUGUUGGACAUGGACCUGUCCAUCCUGGCUGCACCAAGUCAUGGUGGCACAGCCGUGUCCUCAGCCUCUCAGGCGGUAUCAUGGGACACAUGGGAGCCUGAGGAAACUCCUGCUCCACCAGAGGAGCCCCAGGGCUGGGAUGAUGACGGUACCCUGCCAGUGCGUGCUGCUGGCUGGGAUGAUGACGGUACCCUGCCGGUGCGUGCUGCCGGCUGGGAUGACGACGGUACCCUGCCGGUGCGUGCUGCUGGCUGUGGGGAUGACGGUACCCUGCCGGUGCGUGCUGCUGGCUGUGGGGAUGACGGUACCCUGCCGGUGCGUGCUGCCGGCUGGGGGGAUGACGGUACCCUGCCGGUGCGUGCUGCCGGCUGUGGGGAUGACGGUACCCUGCCGGUGCGUGCUGCUGGCUGUGGGGAUGACGGUAUAGCUGCCACCACAGCAGGCUGGGAUGACGAUGGCUCUCUGCCUGUGAGGGUGGAUGACUCCUGGGGGGAUGAUGGUGUUGCUGAUGCCACUGCUACCGCUGCCGUGGCCGAGUCUGAGGCUGCUGGCUGGGAUGAUGAUGAGGAGGGGGUGCCCCAGGCUGACACACUUACGACUCCUGCAGCCCCUACACCUGCAGCCGCAGCACCAGAAGAGACCCCUGUUGUGGCAGCAGCAGCAACCAACGGGGAUUCAGAGGCGGUAGAAAUGCCUCCAGGAUUCCUCUUCAAAGUGACCACCAUGCAUGACUAUGCCGCUAAUGACUCGGAUGAGCUGGAGAUGAAGGCUGGAGACAUCGUGCUGGUUGUGGCCUUCGACAACCCAGAAGAACAGGACGAGGGCUGGCUGAUGGGGAUGAAGCAGGAAGACUGGAUCCAGAAUAAACAGAGCUCGCUCAAAGGGGUGUUCCCCGAGAACUUCACCUCCAGGCUGUGAGAGAGGAGACGCCAUAUUUAUUCUCCUCUGACUUCUCUCUCGUCCACAAGAUCCUUUAUUCUCUUCCCUCCCUCCUCUCCUCUCCUCUCCUCUUCUCUUCUCUUCUCCUCUCUCUCCACCAGAUUAUUAUUUUCUGUCUCUCUCUGACCCAAUUCCCUGUGCCAUCCUCCCUUCCCUUUCCUAACCUCUGGGUUUGUGCCAGCGUGACACUGUAGGUAUCGGCAUGAGAAACAGCACUGCAUCGUCAGCUGUCUCUUCUGUAUCCAUGUCUAGCAAUGUGUACAUGCUGGUUAGAAGUAUUUUUUUUUUUUGGGGGGCUACUGAGGCUAUAGGGUCAGAUUGUGGCAUAUCAGUUGACUUGCACUUGUUUUAAAUCGCCAUAAAACAGAAAUAUGUUUCAGUAUACGUACAUACUUUCAAGAGGUGUUUUACAAAGGAGUUUAUCUAGUGUUCUUUAUCAUCUUUUUCCAACACAAUCAGACAGAAAAGACAUUGAAGAUGACCCUUAGGGCUUUACAGAGGGCGUAACCUCUCAGAGAAACUCCUCUAGUGGCUGAGGCAUCACACCAUAAUACCAGCCCUAAGAGACCUUAGACCUUUUUGUAUGACUCGUUGGCUUUCUCCUCAACCCCUUCACCUACUAAAGUAUGUUUGUGUCAAGGUUGCCAGGUGUUGUGAUGAUUCCGGGUUACCAGAUGUUGUGAUGAUACCGGGUUGCCAGGUGUUGUGAUGAUUCCGGGUUGCCAGGUGUUGUGAUGAUUCCGGGUAACCAAGGUGUUGUGAUGAUUCCGGGUAACCAAGGUGUUGUGAUGAUUCCAGGUUACCAGGUGUUGUGAUGAUUCCGGGUUGCCAGGUGUUGUGAUGAUUCUUUCCUGAAGAGACUAACUAACCCUCGCCCUGUUCUAUACUGUGUGUAAUUGUCACCUGAACUUAACUCUACAUUCCUGCAUCAUUUAACCCUUAAUAUAUUAAGGAAGCAGACUAUCUGUGUAAGGGGACUAAAUAUGGUUGUGUUUUGGUUCCUGAAGGUGUAACAAUAUAGAUCUAAGUCCAUGUACACUGAGAGGGAUAUGCAGUUUAUUUUGAGAAAUGUGUGUUAUGUUUUUUUUUUCUCUUGAUGUUAAGUAACUCUGAUCCUUCUGUGGUUGGUGAGACUGGUAGUUUUAUGGUCCAGAUUAUUCAUCCUUCAGAAUAAAAAACUAUUCAUUUUUUGUAUGCAGUCGGAGCAAUGAUCAUGUUUGAUAGGGAAAUUGUCAACUCGGAAAUGUUAAUAAUAUCAUAGAGAUGUUGUUGUAUUCUGCGUAUGCCAUGCCCCAGUGCAGUGUGACCUCUGUCAUCUAGGUUCCCAAACUGACAUGACCUGCUGAAAUGAUGCCGUAACUUGGUAGUGUAUGUGGGAGUGUUUGUGUACGUACGUGAAUCCGCGAAUGUGUGUGUGUCCUUUUCAUACAGAGAACUUUUGUCCCUCCUUUCAGCUGUACCUCUCAAUUUAUUUAUGCGCUAUAAUCAUUGCUUUCACUUCCUCCCGUGUGGUGAUUGGAUAAGACAAUUUUACAGGAGUCAUUCUGAUUUGAUUAAGGACUCAGGAGAGACCAAUUCUACUCAGUCAUAUUUAAAGACUUUCUGUUUUUUUUGUUGCUGCUGGUGUUAUUAUCAUCGUGUAUUUAUCGUGUAUAUUUAGUGUAUUUUAACAAGCCGUGACAAACAUAUUAAUCAUAUCUGUGUAUGUGAGUAAAUGUGUCAAGGAGCAUGCCAAAUGAAUUCCAUGUGUCGUGUAUUAUAGGAGCAAUUCCUCUUUGUAGGAACUCAUUUAAAAGACAAGACCUUGUUCCUUCUGAUUACUAUUGGAGACCGAUAGUAAUAAACAGAUAUUUAGAAGCUCAA